UCUUUUGGCGGAUGUUUUUUUUUUGCGCCAAGAUGAAUGUAGAUUUUUUUCGAGAAUCGUGUAGAUCCAAAUUUUGUUACAAAAAACAUGGCACCUUGCUUGGAACCAAUGAUUGAUUGUAUGGAGUAGCAUUUUCAAAUUUCGAAAACCACCUUUGCUUGGUCGCGGAUGGAUGAGCAUGACCCCGGUCAAAAGCUGUCGAACGUUGGCCCACCCAGCAGGAUCCUCCGCCCUCUUCAAUAGACGCUCGACACGUGCCUAGCUCGUCGUCUAAAGCUCCAACCUUUCUCUUGUCUUCCUUCCCAACAAGACCCACCUCCGGCCGGCCUCAGAGUGAGCAAGAGAGAGAGAGAGAGAGAGCGCGGCCAUGGCAGAGAAGGGGAGCAAGAAGGACAUCGGAUCCGUCCUCAUGCAGGCCAUGCUGGCCGCCAAGACGGUGCGGGCGCAGCGCGACCGCCUCCUGCAGCUCCAGCACCGCCUGCAGGACCUCCAGGCCGACGCCGACGCGGAGGCGAACGGCGACGCCAAGCUCGGGGGGCUCGCGUCCAACCUCUUCGAGGUCUACUACAUCGGCCUGGAGGCCGGCGCCCGCAUGCUCACGGCCUGCGUCGAGAUCGCCGUCAAGAAGGGCGUUCGCUUCGCCCCGCCCAACCUGGCUUUCGCAGUCAUGCCCGACGAGCAGCUCCACGACGCGCUGCUCGCGCAGCAGUUCCCGGCCCGCCCCAGGUCCCAGGCCCAGGCCCUCGACCGCGUCAUGGCCGCCGUCUUGGCCAUCAAGCUGCUGGAGGAGCACCUCCUCCCGCGCUGCGUCGAGUGCCUCGCCGGCGGCAAGGCCCCCGUCCCCGGCAAGACCCCCGGCUCCUCCUCGCCCGACAGCAGCCCCGACAGGGACGAUGGCCCGGACCCGGUCGCCGCCGCCACCGAGGCCCUCGCCAAGGUCGACCUCUCCAACGACCCGGACGCCACCGCCAAGCCCGGCUCCAGCAAAGCCCGUCAGGCAGCCAGAGGCGGCGGCGGCGGCGGCGACGUGAACAAGUCGCUCGACUACCUGUACCGCGCGUGCAGGAUCGCGAGCCUCGCCGUGAAGCACAUCGACGUCGCCGUCACCGUCCUCUCCCGCUUCAUGGAGCCCAAGAGGCUCGCCAGCCUCGCCGAGUUCUGCGACGACCACGCCUACAUCUCCGAGGGGGGCUUCUAUCUAGCAUCCGAUUGACUGCUUCACCUCAUCGAUCAAGCCAUGCUCUCCUUAUCGGUCUUUUAAUUUACCAUCCAGACCAGAUCGACCUGUGGUUUCAGUUCAGUCUCUUCGUCAGAUUUAUCUGCUGCCAUGCUCUUCUAUUUGUGCUCAAUUAAUUCCUGGACGGCCGUGGCUAUCUAUCUCAGCUUCAUCAAAUCAAUUUGGGGUAAUCAAUGUUGAUCUGCAUCUUAUCUUAUCUGUGGGACAAAUGAUCGAAUCGGAUGAGCUAUAUAUCUUAAUUAGAUUCAUGUAUCGUACUAGUUCAGAUGUCGUAGCUGCAUCAUGUUCGUGGUCGAUGGAAUCGAAUCGCAUCCGCAUGACAAAAUUAGGAAUUUGGACGUGCUACUACUAUGUGUUUUAGUAGUAAUCAAAUGUUCUGUGAUGCCAUUUUUCUGUUCGGAUCCUAGCAAGCUUGCAUCCCCGGUUUGUGAACCGUGUUUUCUUCUAUGUGGCGUAGCAACAUUUAGGCUGUGUUUGGUAAUCCUCCUACAUGCUGGUUUAUCUGCGACUGAUCGACCAGGCACAGUUUGUUUGUUGUCCCUGUUUAUCCAGAAUAUUUGGUGACCUUCUGCCUUAUGUCAUUAUGUGUGGUGUUCCCACUGCUUCUUUCGAAUCAUUCUAUUGAAGAUACAAGUAUAUAGAACCAGCGUACAUGAUCUGGACCUUUUGAUUCCAGUUGGAUUGCUGAUCGAAAACGAGCUCCUAUCAGUCUCUUAUUGUUCAUCGAUAUAUGAUGCAACCUUUUGAUAUGAGUGCAGUUGGCUCAGAUUACUCUCCUGCAUGCUACAAACCUGUGUUAACUUAAUUUCUGGACGAAAUGUUGUAGGUAGUGUAAUGUUGAUCUUGGACAUGCUAUAUGUGAGACAACCGAAUCAGAUUCAAAUUGCAGUUUUCGCGCAUGUCCAAAAUUGGGAUUUUCUGGGAUUUUGGACAUGCUAGUUGUGUUUAAUCAUUUUCUGGGAUGGCAUUUGCCUUGACAUAGGAUAGUAAUUUGGGUUGAGUAAUGUUGUUAUGCAUUUUCUAGGAUGGCAUUUGCUUCGACAUAGGAUAGUAAUCUGGAUUGAGUAAUGAUGGAAUUGAAUUGCAAUUUCAACGCAUGCGAAAUUGGCAUUUUGGGCAUGCUACUAGUAUGUGUUUAAUCGUUAACUGGUAUGGCAUUUGCUUCGAUCACAGGAUAAUAAUCUAGAUUCAUUAUUGAAUGUGUGUGUCCGCAGUUCGUUAAUUUUGUUCUCAAUGGUCACCGAGAAACUCACGGUGAACUGCAUCCUCAUAUGCCGGUGGUUUGGGAGCAUGCAUUAGUCAUAGUAUGCUGCCACUUUUCCAACAUGUAGUUUCGAAAUCGUCUGCCCUGUCCUAGUUAUUCUGUAGCUAGGAAAGGAUAUAUAUUAGUAGCAUUGGCGUUACCCUUAAAGAAGAAUAAACUAAAAUAAAAAGUCAAAAGUCAAAAUAAUUAAGUUUUCAAAGAAAGAAUGAAUUAGUGGAAUUGGUAUUAUUUUUAAAAAAUGUUUUAAACAAUAAUAACACAAUUUGCCCACAAUUUGCAAGAAAAUUGAGUUUUUUAUAAUAUGCAAGGAUAACAUAUAAAAUGGAAUUUCCAAAAAAGUAAGUUCUCCAAAAAACAAUAAAUUAGUGUCACUGGUAUUAUUCUUAAAGAAUAAAAUAGAAAAAUUAAAGGAAAAUCUAAAUAAGUUUUCUAAGAAGAAUCAAUUAGUGGCAUUUGUAUUAGCCAUAGAGAAUAAAUAAAAAACAAAUAAAACAAGUAAUGAAAAUUUGCACAUGGUUUACAUAGAAAUUAUGUUUUCUUUUUAAUAUGCAAGAAUAAGCAUAUAUAUUGGAGUUUUCUCAAAAUAACAAGUUUCCUAAGAAGGAAUGGAUUAGUGGCAUUGUAUUAGCCUUAAAAAAGAAUGAGAAUGACAUAAGAAACUAAAACAAAAUCAAAUUGAUAAUUUUUUCUAGGGAAGAAUGAAUUAGUGCCAUUGAUAUCACUCUUCCCAAAAUAAUAAAAUAAAAA